GGAACAGCUCUGGCCGUAUCCGCCGUGCAGCGGCUUAUGAUCAGAUAUAAUUGUAACGAAAUAUCACCGGCGUACUAAGUGCUUAUACCUUACCUUAACAAACACGGGGGGUAAUUUUUUCUUUCGUUUUAAGUAGAAAUGUGCCGCGUGUGAGUGAAAAGUGAUUAGUGCAAUUGAUGUAUCAAAAAGGCUGUGAGCUUAGUGGUGUGGGUGAAUUAAUACAUAACAAUGACGGAAUUCUUCGGAUCGUGGAACAAGCCCGAGGACGAUGGAGAGGUGGAGGAGACCGAGGAGACUGUGGAAACGAUCACCACCACCACUACGAGUACCAAGACAAAGAGGACAACAGUUCCUCAAAAAUCGUCGUCGACCAAGACUACGACGAUGACGACACCGGCGAAGCUGUUUGGUCGCGAGUUGUCCAAUUACGAUGAAGUGGAUGUGGAUGAGCUGCUGGCUAAGCUGUCACAGGAGGAGCUGACUAUGCUCGCCAAGGAGGUUGAUCCUGAUGACAACUUCCUCCCCCCCUCUCAACGCAACAAUUACGACUGUGAGAAGGACCCCACAGGUCCCCUCAACCGCAAGAAACUGAUCGAGCACAUCAACAAACAGGCGCUCGAGACCCCAGACCGGCCUGAGGUCAAACCUUACGUCGCUGGUGUUGUUCGAGGGAAGAAGUGGAUCCCGCCGCCCCCGCCAGAACGGACGCGUGAAGCGGACGAACAGAUCUCCAUCGACCUCGGCGAUGAGUACGAGCAGGCGUUGGGCACCGCGUCGCAGGAGGAAAUCAUUGACUUGGCUGCUAUCCUCGGCUUCCACUCGAUGAUGAAUCAGGACCAGUACCACGCGUCACUACUCAACAAAGGCCAGCCCGUCGGCCUCGGCUGGGACGGCAUCACCAAAGCUACCAAGCCAAAGGUUUACCCCAUGGACCCCCCUAACGAUACGGACCCUGACUCGACCAUCAAGAUGGUGCAGGACAACGACCAGAAGCUCACUGAUCUCAAUUGGAAUAAUAUUAAGAACAUAAGCGACGAGAAAUUCGACAAGCUAUUCGAAAGCCUCAAAACCAACACACACCUCGAGGUGCUGAGCCUCGUGAACGUCGGGCUCACGGACCGCUCGGCCGCGCUGCUCGCCGCCGCGCUCGAGGCCAACACCGCGCUGCGCGUCGUCAACGUCGAGACCAACUUCAUCAGCCCCACCGGCGUCGUGCAGCUCGUGAAGGCGCUCCUCCACAACAACACCGUCGAGGAGUUCCGCGCCUCCAACCAGCGAUCAACGGUGCUCGGCAACAAGAUCGAGAUGGAGAUCACGUCGCUAGUGGAGCAGAACCCCACGCUGCUGCGGCUCGGGCUGCACCUCGAGUACAGCGACGCGCGCCACCGCGUCGCCUCGCAUCUGCAGCGCAACAUCGACCGGAAUUGCCGGUUACAAAAGCGCGCCAGCGCUUCCCUAAGCCUCCGUCUGCCGCGCGGGCCGCCGCCCGGCGUGGGCGUCGACUCCAGCUUCUUCAACAUGACUCCGCCCAGCGCCGAGGCCGUCACGCCCACAGAGCCCAUCACGGAAACCGUAGAGGGCUCCGUCACCGUCGAGGCCAAACCCCCCGACUUCGACACCUCCGAACGACAAAUCCCGGUCGAUCUCGAGCCCGAAGAUACGUUCGUGAAGGCGGAACGACCCGACUUUAACCCCAACCCCCACUCUACGCCAGCAGCGACGGAGCAAGACGAGCAACUAGAACCUUGAUCGACCCUUUUUGGUGGGCGCAUCCGCCGCGUGUCGCAGUUCACCCGCAGCCGCAGCUACGUGGUGGGUUGGAUCCCCUGAGCUUGCUACCACUGCCUAUCUGCGCGAGCUGGCUACUAGGACCCGGAUGCUUGUGCGAAACAACUAUUAUUUAUCGGGAAAACAAUAUUUUAAAUUUUCGCGCCAUGCGGCGUGCUAUCCCGUAUGAGAGAGUUUUUAAUACAAAAUGGCGGACCUCGUCGCAUGCGUGGUUGGCGAAGAACGUCCCAUACGAGGCUUCUUGCCGCACGAAGGACUAUUUAGAUGUUGACGAAAAUGUAACCUGUAUGCUUGGCACGGAUCUUGAGCUGUUCCAAGUGUUCUAAACUGCUUCAGUACUAUGAACUUUGUCUCUGAGUUUCGAGUUCUCGCUUUGUUGAAAUAUCGCCGUCCCACGACGAAAUAAUUAUAAAAAAAUGAAAUCUAUGGACUCGGAAAAUCAUGGCGUUCAUGUUGAACGUUGCCUUAUUACCUUUUGUUUUGCUAUUUUACAGCAAGAUUGACGAUUAUAAAAUAAAAUAAAUUAAUUUUAAAUUUUGUCAAUGCAAUUAUGUUAUAAUUAUACACAUUUAUUGACUAAAUGAUAAUAUUUGUUUCGCACAAUCACAACGAUCCAUCAGAUUGAGUAACUGUGCGACUGACGACCGAAUGUGAGCGGACGUGUAUUACGGUACAAUAUUUAAAACAUAGCACUAUAGAGCCAGAAAAAUCUUGCUGUCUUUUUCUUAUUAGGACAUAACAGAGAAUAAGCUGUUACUAAAAUGAUGGCUGGUCCAUUAUUUAGACCGAACGGCAUGCUUGUAAUUUGAAAAAGUGUAAAAAGCAGUGUUUUCAAUAUUCGUACUUUUCUAACAAUGUAGUUCCAAACUAGCUCGUUUUAAUAAAUGUAUGAUAUCUUUCAAUAUACUUUUCUACAAUCCGAAAAAUCGUAAUACUCGUCGAUGCGUGGGUGAAGUACCUAGCAUACGUUUUAAUAUUAAUUCUUACUCGUGCUAAUGAUUUAUAUUAAUUUUAUCCUAAACUGUAAUAUAUCUAGAUGUACCGACAUUCCAUUCACGCAGGACAUUGUUUUUUUAUAUUUAAAUUAUUAUCUUUUAUAAUUAUUUAUAAUAUUUGUGCUAAGUUAUAUCCAGUUUAAGCUUGGUAAUUUUAUUGACUGAAUAAUGUGCAAUUUUAAUGCCGGUAUCGAAUACCAAGUCUAUUUUAUUUCAAAUAUUUCUCUUGAGCAAUGUGCUGCGUGUGUGGAUGUGUCACAAAAGAGCACGCGGUUCGUAUUGUUGUAGUGCCUUCGCUGAGGCUUUCGAGCUCAUGAGGAAAAGAAAAAAGUAUAGUACCUUUUUCUCUGAAUGUCAUUCAAAUCAGACAAAUAGGUACACAUAGAGUUGACUUGGCUUGUAUCCCAGAUAAAAAUUCUAUAAUGAAUAUUAUUAUUUUCAUCAUAUGCUAGUUUCAACAACAUACUUGGGUAGGUAACUAUUAAGUUGCGAAUAGACAGAAUUUGAGAGUACUAUAUACUUUUUUCUUUUCACUAUGUAAUAAUAUAGACACAACGGAGUCUCUGCCGUACUGAGUAGCUUUCAUACCAACUGCUUUUUUGAAACGUUUUGAAAAAAAAUUGCUUAUUUAAAAUGUAACUUUAUGUAUAUUUGAAUAGUGAAUCUACUGGGGGAACUAAGUGUCCAUAACAUUGUGAUAAACAUCAUGUUUUUCCAUUUUGAAUUACUGCUUUAGUUUAAGGUAGGAACGGCUUACUAUCAGUGGGCUACUUCACCAGAGUGACAUUGACACUUGACACUGACAAUUCGGUGCCUAUUUCUGGGUUAAUAAAUAAGUAUCAUUGUUUCGCAGCGUCAAUAUCUCCUUCAUGGAGAAUAGAGGUAAUCUCUAUUCUUCAUGAUCUCCUUGUUGAACACGCAAUGAAUGGUGAAGUGUCUGUCGGGCGACUAAUGUCACUAUUGUGAAAUAUACCACAGUUUCCAGGGCGGAUGGUAUCCAACAUUCAUUGUUGCCCGUAGUAAGAGUUUUGACUGCUAGGUCGAUCUAGACACGUUUUUAAAGAUGUGUUAGAGUUUACACACAUUUAUAUUAGUAAUACAAGUACAUUUUAUCUAAACAACGUAAACAUCUAACACAUCUUUAUAAAACCGAGACUCAAACGCAAGUUGUAUUUACAAUAUGAUAUAAUAUUUAUAUCAUAAGUUGAUUUCAACUCCAUAAGAUGUUAUAUUCAUUCUGCGACCUUUUGGUGCUGAUGUGUCAAACAAAAAGUAAUGAUUAGGUACAAUUACAUAUAAAGUCUUAAUGAAUUUCCCUCUGACCAGCUCUUCCUGAUUUUUAGGCUCUCUAAUCGUGGCUUAAAAUCGAGAAGUGUUCGUACAAGGCGUUUUCUACGAAAAUGUACCUUAUGUUUAACAUCUAAUUGCUUGUUCCUACCUAAAGUAAUGUAAGAAAGAUUAUUUGUAUAUGAAUUUAGAUUAAAUAUUGUUUUAUUAAAGCGUCAUGAAAUUAUAAUUAAUAUAAAUUGUAUUUUAUUGUAAUUUUAGAGAUAUUUUGUUGAUUCAGUUCAGGAGCAUUUGGUCCAACGAAAACCUUGACUAGUAGAGUCGCAGUUCUGUAGUUUUUUAGACGUGUAAAAAGUCCAAUAAAGCACAUAAAUAUCGCA